AUUAUGGCUAGCAGCGCAUCCCGGUGGAAAGCAAUUAGCAGGCCUAAAACUGUGGCCCCGGUGAAAGCAUGGACAGCAAAAGCACGAUCGACGAUAACUAAAACUCAGGAGUAGUGAUGUUAAGGAAAAGCAGACUUAAUGCCUAACAGAGUUGAUAACCUGUCAACUAAAAUGGCUAGUGCUUUGUUCACUAUCGAACAAAUUGAAUUGAUCAGGAGAUUACGGAACAGUGGUAUAACCAAGGAACAAGUGGCCAUGGCGUUCGACCAAAUGGACCGUCUCGAUGCCGAGCUUGGAAAGCCAUCGACUUCCUCCAUCCGCCCCAAUAUACCUCAUUACCCAAACAUAUGCUCAUCUUUACAAGCUCUCGACCGAAUAGAUCGAGACCAGGACUCCAGCCCCUCAUCAGUCCAUGGCCAAAUUCCCAAUGGGGUAUCAAAGACUGAUGCUGCUCCGCCUUUCUUCAAGCAGGGGGAAUCGCAAUCAUACUCCCGACCUCACAGCAGCAGCAACUCCUCUACGGACGGAGCUACUGACGGUGGAAGCAGCACACAGAAUGGAGAUGCUUCCCCCUCUGCCAACGCCAACUCAUCAGUUGCCUCGCCUACCUCUCGACUGUCAAGUGAAUUGACGAUAAUACCUCUCACCUCAUCGGCAUCUUCAGUUCCUGUAUCCUAUUCGUCGGCCGAUGGAAAUAUAGUACAAAGCCACAUUUAUAAUAAUCGGUCGGCCGACGGAGCUUCAAACUGCGUCCCCAUUCAGUGCUUAGUCAAUCCCCUCGAUUUGUUGCAAGACGAGUGCUAUGAACUGGACGAGCUUAAGAAAAAAGGCGAAAUGACAAUACUUUCUGAAAUACGAAAUUUUGUUAUGAGGUACAACAUAAAGCAAACUAUGAUUGCAGAGAUGACCAAGAUGAGUCAAGCCUAUGUCAGUCGUUUUUUUCGUGGUGAUAUACAAGAUAUGUCUGAUCGCACCAAGAAUGCCUUCUACAUGUGGUAUUUAACAUGUAAAAACAACCCCUGGAAGCUCACUCAACUUUGCCCUAACUCUGGGGUUAAGCGUAUGGUGUCUGAAAGUGGUGAUCUCAUUCCUUUAAAAAGGGAGCGUUUCACAUUCAAAGCUGCUCACUUGGCUGUGUUAGAACGCUAUUACGAGAAAGAUCCAUACCCGGAUUCUCAGACGAGAGAGCAAAUAGUAGACGAGUGCAAUAAAGCAGUUGAGAGAGCAGUUCGCAUUUCAGAUCGCCCGUUAGCAGAAAGGGAAAGAGUUACGUUGCCUGUUGUGAAUAAUUGGUUCAAUAACAGGAGAAAAGAAGCUAAGAAGCAGCUAAGACAACAGCAUGCUGCAGCUAUGGCAGCGGUGUCUGUGAGCAUGUCUCCUCUGGGCCAGCCCUCCCUCAACCUACCUCCAGUGGCCUCGAUGCCGGCGCUCAGUUGGCACCAAUCACCGACGUCGACCGCUCUGGGGGGCGUGGCCGGCUUCCCUGGCUCCGCCCACCAGCCUGCCUUCCACCCCAACGCCCAACUGGAUCUCAGCAGUGAAGCCAUGGACAGUGACAGCUCCCAUGACUCCAAUGCAGAUUAUGGGAACGGCGAUGCUCUGCCCGUAGAGAUAGAGGAGGACGAUGACGGAAAGGCCACUAGUAUUAAACAGGAGGUGUGA